AUGGGUGUGUGUUGUUUUCACCCUAAUUACUCACGGAUCACUGUGCCUGUAUCUUUGUUUGUUUUCAAGGAAACGGAAAAUGACUAUAUUUCCUGGGGAACGAACUCAGAUCAUAAUGAAGAAGCGGAGUAUUUGCUUAGAGAUAUCCUCCAGGACCCGACUAAUCUAUCUUCAGAAAGUGAAGCCAUUUUGCCUCCCACCACUGUGGCGGACGGCGGUGCCACCACCGGCAAUUUAGCCAACUCCAACUCCGUCGUUAACUCUCAACAUUUAGCUUCUGAAACAACAACCCCGACCGCCUGCGUUCUGUCUUUCGAGAAAUCCGUUGUGAUUCCAGAUAUCCCAGACCCCAGUUAUAAUCAUUCGCACCAGAGCAAGGAUGUCCGUAGUUAUUCCUUGAAGCCCAAACGGACCAUUGAAAUGCUUAACGAUGAACCAUCGAUGAACAGAGGAACAAAGAAAUCCAGAAGCGGUGCUGGGGCAAUGGAUCACAUAAUGGCUGAGAGAAGAAGGAGGCAGGAGCUCACAGAAAAGUUCAUAGCACUUUCGGCCACCAUCCCUGGCUUGAAAAAGAUUGACAAGGCGUCUAUACUGAGCGAAGCAAUAAGCACGCCGGCGUCGAGUGAAGUGAACUCCGGCGACAGGUACACACCCAUCAACGAUGUACUCCCCGAUGUCAAAGCAAGAAUGUCCGACGACAAACAAGUGCUCAUCAGAAUCCUCUGCAAGAAACAGGACUGCAUAAUGCUUAAAAUACUUGAUGAGCUCAAAAAUCUUAACCUCAACGUCUUUGGUAACAGUGUUAUUCCAUUUGGCUCCUCUACUCUUGAUGUUACCGUUGUUGCUCAGAUGAGUGAGGACUACAGUGUAUCGGUGAAGGAUGUCGUGAAAAGCCUGAGAAUAGCUCUCUGUUGA